AUGUUAUUAUUAAUAUUUAAAAAUGGAAGUAAAUUUAUAAAAUUGCCUAGAAUAGUGAAUGAUAUCAGGAGAUACAAAAAGUAUAUAUCAGUGUACAAGGAAAAGGUUAAAACCAAUGAUUCCACCAAAAAACCAACUAAUACUGUUAAAAAUGAUAAGAAUUCAGUUGAUAAUUUAGAAAUUACCGAAAAUUUUUCCUUUUUGCAAAAUACUAACAAUAUUUUACCUACUAAUAUUGACAACAUUUAUAACAUCUUCAACAUACUGUGUAAUACUGAGUCUAAUAACACAUCCUCAGAUACUGUUAAUAAUCCACAAAUAAACCAGAAAAACGGCAUAAUAUACAUAAAUAUAUAUUUAAAUCUGAAUAUAAACACUAUAUCUAUAAAGGGGAAUUUGAUUUUACCGAAUCCUAACAACUACAGGCGUAAGAUAUUUGUGAUGUGUGAUAAGGAUGAAGAAGAUUACGCUUUACAAUGCGGUGCGACUUACACCAGCGAAUCGUAUCUGGACAAGGUAAUUAACAACUCCGCUGAGUUGGAGGAUUUGAUUAUCAUUUGCAACAACUUACACCUUCCCAAAUUGCUCAAAUAUUCCAAAAUUCUCGGCCCCAAAAAAUUACUUCCAAAUAAACUCAUGGGUACGCUUUGUAAUAAUAUUUAUGAGGGAAUUAAGAGGGUCAAAAGUAACAAUUUCUUGCAGUACUACAUUGAAACGAUUAAACAAUCUGAAUUUAACCAGGUUUUAUCAACUAGUACUCACUUAGAUCCUACUGAAUUAAGUCAAAAGAACAUGUGCAAAAUACGAAUUCCAAUAUCUAUAAUAGAAAAUGGCGUUAAAGAGUUAGUUGAUAACAUAAAAUUCUUUAUUGAACAUUUGAAGAUAAAUAAUUUAAAUAAUCGCAAGGUACAAGUCACCACCAAUACACUUGGUAACUUCGUCUAUCCACCUCCAAGGAAUUUACCAUUAUCUCCCAGUGAAAACACUAGUGACUCGAGGGAGAAUAUAAUAUCGCAUAUAGCACUUGAUUUAAAACAUUACAACCAGUUGUUUUUUCUAAAUCAGCACACACUUAAUUCACUAAUAUAGUUCACUUUUCA